AUGGCAACCAUCUUGCUUCUUCUUCUCUUCUUAGCAAUUUUCACCGCAGAAGCUCAACAAGCUGGGCAACCCGUUAUCAGGCCAGGUUCUUUGUUAACACCUACAGGCACCGGUGGUACCAACUCUUCAUGGCUAUCACAUUCCGGUCUAUAUGCCUUUGGAUUCUACAAGCAAGGCAACGGCUAUGCUGUCGGGAUUUUUAUUGCCGGGAUUCCACAGAAGACUGUGGCAACGAGACCACGAUCUUCAAUAAUCCCGAAGCUGCAGCAGCGGCAUCGAUGCUGGAUUCGGGCAACUUUGUUCUCUAUGACUCUGAUAAUUCGACAAUUUGGCAAUGAACAAGUUGGCUUGGGUGAGGAUGUUACUCCAAAAUCAUAUACUUAUGCAGAACUUGAGAAAGUGACUAAUGGUUUCAAGGAAGAGCUCGGUAGAGGAGCUUUUGGGAUUGUUUAUAAAGGGGCAAUAUGGAAUGGCAAGAAGAUUGUGGCCGUCAAACGACUAGAAAAAUUUUUGGCCGAGGGGGAAAGAGAGUUUCAGACGGAGGUGAAAGUUAUUGGAAAAACACAUCACAAAAACCUAGUCCCGUUACUCGGGUAUUGCCAUGAUGGACUGAAUAGGCUUUUGGUGUACAAUUUCAUGAGCAACGGUUCACUUGCAGAUAUACUCUUCAAGCCAUCAAAACAACAACCUUCUUGGGAUAGAAGAAUUGAAAUUGCUCGCAAUAUAGCAAAAGGAAUUCUCUAUCUCCAUGAAGAAUGUGAGCCACAAAUCAUUCACGGCGACAUAAAACCACAUAACAUUCUCAUGGAUGAGAACGGGUAUGCAAAACUCGCUGAUUUCGGAUUAGCGAAGUUGCUAAAACCAGACCAAACCAAAACAUAUACCGACAUAAGAGGCACAAAGGGAUAUGUCGCACCAGAGUGGCAUCGGAAUCUGCCCGUGACAGUCAAAGUAGAUGUGUAUAGCUUUGGAAUUGUGCUCUUGGAGAUUAUUUGUUGUCGAAGGAAUGCGGACUUUGAUCUUCCUGAGGAAGAAGCACUCCUUGAAGAAUGGGCAUACCAUUGCUUUGAGUGUGGUGAGCUGGGCAAACUUUUGAAUGAUGAGGUGGUCGACAAGAAACAACUGGAAAGAAUGGUUAAGGUAGCACUCUGGUGCAUUCUAGAUGAGCCCUCACUUCGUCCUUCCAUGAAGAAGGUUCUACAUAUGUUGGAAGGGACUGUUGAUAUUCCAAUCCCUCCCAGUCCGACAUCUUUUCUCACUGCCCUCUAAAUUGGUUUGAAAUAAUAAUAAGUGCCUAGCACGUUUUGUUGCUUAGAAGUGGAUAAAGAAGAUAACAGAUCUACUGUUAUUGGUGCAAUAAUUUCUUUUUCUUUCUAGCUAUAGUUCCAAAUAUAUGUAUUCCAUUGCAACACUAGUGUUUUGGUUUCUUAAUGUAUUGUAUUCAUAUAUGGGAUGCAAUGGUUUACCGACUA